UGGGCAGAGGAACUUAAUAGAGAGGACACUGAAUAUUUUUCAAAGCACUCUCGCGAUCAGGUCGAUGUCAUGGUCUUCCUUAAAGAAGGACUUGAGUCGACAUCACACACGCCAUCUUUCUUGAUUCCAUUCCCUCCCGACAUUCGAUCGCCAGACCGGGCGCCACAGCUACACGACUCAUUAUGUGUUUUUGUGGCCGCCUUUAUGUUGAAUUCUACUUAG